AAGAGUCGGCAAAUCACUGGUGCGUGUUUGUCUGUUGACGCAGCGUCGUGUUGUGAUUUCAUCCGGUAAUGUCACAUUAAUGCUUUGUUCUGUAUGUCUCUCCACAUUAGUAGAUAUUUUGUGGUAGGUCUUGUAAAGUAUGUGAGUAUGGAUAGCAUCAUGUUAAACUUAAAUAGCGUGUCAUGAAUUAAGUCAUUAUUGAAGAGCAUGUCUAAAUUACAAUAAAGGCUGUCAAGCAAUAUAGGUAGUUCAUGCUCACAUCUCAUCAAUAAUUCGUACUGUUUUCUGUUUCAAUGGAGCAUACCAGUAUCAACUAUCCUGAGAUAUAUAAGGAUGAAUCUACUAUAGAGGAAAAAUUUGAUGUCCAGAUUCAUGAUCCUUACAGAUGGCUGGAAGACCCGGAUUCUGCCCAGACAAAAGCUUUUGUAAAGGCACAAAAUCUGAUAACGGAGCAGUUCUUGCGUAAAUGUCCAUACACUUCGAAAAUCAGAGAUAGAUUAACUGCUAUCUGGGACUACGAAAAAUACUCUUGUCCAUUGAAAUACGGCUCCUUUUACUAUAUAUGGCAUAAUAGUGGUUUACAAAAUCAAAGUGUUCUUUAUCAAAUGAAAACGUUGUCAGGACCCACGAAAACGUUUUUAGAUCCUAACGAAAUUGAUCCAGAAGGCCUUACAUCUUUGAGAAACUACAGUUUUUCGGUGGAAGGAACUUAUUGUUGUUAUGGUCUUAGUUUUGGUGGUUCUGAUUGGUCUGAACUUAAAUUUAAAACCUGCGAAUCGGGCGAAGAUCUGCCAGAUGUUUUGAAAAAUGUCAAGUUCAGUUCAAUUUCGUGGACGAAGGAUGAGAAAGGUGUUUUUUACUGUAUGUACCCUCAGCACGAAGGUAAAGCGGAUGGUACUGAAACAACUACUAAUACUGAUCAGAAGCUCAUGUACCAUCGUCUGGGUACACCACAGUCAGAUGAUAUCUUGUUCCUGGAACGACCGGAUCACCCUACUUGGAAUAUUCAAGGAGAAGUGUCUGAUUGCGGGAGAUACUUACUGGUAACUUUGUAUGAUGGAUGUGAACCCAAUAACCAGCUUUUCUACUGCGAUCUUGAAAAAGUCGAUCUAAUUAUCAAAAAAAAAAUUGAGUUGAUUCCAAUCGUCGAUCGCUUUGAAGCUGUCUAUGAAUAUGUGACAAAUGAAGGUGGUUCAUUUGUAUUUCGCACCAACUUAGAUGCUCCGAUGUACAAGAUAAUCAAAAUCAAUCUUUCUAAUUGUGAUCGUCAACAUUGGGAAGAUCUUAUCGAUCACAAUGUGGAAUCACUCUUAGAAAGUGCAGUUUGUGUGAACGAGGAUAAAUUGAUCAUUUGUCAUCUAAAGAAUGUUAAGAGCUGCUUAUCCGUACACAAACUACUCACUGGGGAGAAGAUAUCGGAUAUUGAUAUUUCACUUGGAUGCGUCGCUAAUGUAACUGGACGCAAACGUGAUGAUGAAGCUUUCAUCCAUUUUACAUCGUUUCUCACUCCUGGAAUAAUUUACUCCUACAAUUUUUCCCACUCUCAUCCAAAGUUAGAGGUUAUCAGAGAGUCAAAGAUUCGGGAUGUAGACUUAGAUCAAUUUGAAGUGAAACAAGUAUUCUAUGAAAGUAAAGAUAAAACUGUAGUUCCUAUGUUUCUUGUUCUACCUAAAAAUUUCCAACAAAACAACUCGGCGCCGUGUCAACUUUACGGCUAUGGUGGAUUUAACAUAUCUGUUACUCCAUCGUUUUCGGUUGGACGAUUGUUUUUCUUGAUGCAUUUUGGUGGUAUAAUUGCAGUAGCCAACAUUCGUGGUGGAGGAGAAUAUGGAAAAUCUUGGCACGACGCCGGUCGGCUGCAAAACAAACAAAACUCUUUCGAUGAUUUCCAAGCAGCAGCCGAAUACCUUAUUAAUCAUGGAUAUACUAACAACCAAAAACUGUACAUUCAAGGAGGUAGUAAUGGUGGACUUCUAGUUUGUGCCUGUUGCAAUCAACGACCUGAUUUAUUUAAAGCUGCUAUUGCUCAAGUCCCAGUGUGCGACCUUAUUAGAUUCCACAAAUUUACGAUUGGACACGCCUGGAAAAGUGACUAUGGAGAUCCUGAUAAUAAAAAGGAUUUUUCAAACUUGAUGCGCAUUUCCCCACUCCAUAAUGUCAAGAUUCCAUCUAAUCCAGAUGUUCAAUAUCCAGCUUUAUUGAUUUUAACUGCAGAUCAUGAUGAUCGUGUUGUUCCGUUACAUUCAUUCAAGUUUAUUGCUACUUUACAAGAAAAGUUAUGUCGCAACUGUUGCCAAACAAACCCUAUUCUGAUUCGAAUUGAGCCAAAGGCUGGACAUGGACAAGGCAAACCAACAUCAAAAUCAAUUAACGAGGUAGUAGAUAUAUACUCCUUCUUACAAACUGCAAUGUCACUCACAUGGAAAGAAUAAUAUGGAUUGUUAUCGCAAUUACUAGUCUUUGAAUUUUUGGUACCUAAUAAUCUCGUUGCUGUUGUCAAUAUCUAUAGAUUAAUUUUAAUAACUGCCCCCGAUUUGAUUUGUAUGAAGAUCGUCUGUGGUGCUUUGUUUAUUUAUUAACAUUCUUGGCUUUCAUAUAUAUAUUUCGUGUAACUAAACCAAACUUAUACAUUUGUUAUGACGUAUUAAAAAAUAUUUAAUGAUAUUAC